AUGUCUCUAGCAGACUCUGGCAGCGAUGCCCCCCUGCCUGGUGCAGAACACGUUCAAGGGUUUAACUCUGGCAAAAUACUCCCACUACCGGCGAGCGAUCUUGCCAAAAUUACUAGAUGGCUUCAGCCAACGCCAUAUGACUUCGAAAGAAGCGAAUACUCCAGACAUAGUGCCUCACAUCUACUCGGGACUGGUGCUUGGUUCAAAUCAACUCAAGCCUAUCAGCAGUGGCACUCUGGCGAUAAUGGACUUCUGUGGGUCAAGGGCAUACCAGGCUCCGGGAAGUCCGUGAUGGCUGCUUCUAUAAUCAAGGAACUGCAGAAGGAAGAUGUUCCCGUAGUCUACUUCUUCUUCCGAAUGAUCAUCGAGGCUAAUCACAAGCCCAUUGUCGCGUUACGAGAUUGGCUUUGUCAAGUUCUGGACUACAGCCCUCCGCUCCAAGUCAAACUUCAGAAAUACGUUGAAAAAGACCGAUCGCCAGAUAGUCUCUCGCCGGCUGAUCUGUGGAGCGACCUCAUGAUGGCAUUGCAAGAUUUCCCUAGGGCCUAUUGUGUGACAGAUGCUUUGGAUGAGAUGGAUCUAGGACAUGAUGACUUUCUGAAGAGCUUGGUCGAUCUAGGCCAAUGGCGCCCGAAAAAUUUCAAGGUUUUAAUGACCUCGCGCCCAAUAGCCCGCUUGGAAACUUCUCUAAGACCCUUUUCUAUCCCUCAAAUCCGAUUAGAAGAGAGACUGGUGGAUCUUGAUAUUGCGGCAUACGUUCAGCAUAAGCUUCGCGGGUUAUCUAUCACCCAAGAAAAUCGGAGUGCCAUUCAAGAAGCAAUUCCCGGUCGGGCGAAUGGGAUAUUCCUAUACGCAAAAAUGUCUAUGGAUGUGUUUCUCGAGCCUGGCGCAAAUGUGCAAGAGGCCCUCAACGCACUACCAACGGACUUGAACACUAUGUACAAUAACCUUCUACUGGAGCAUUCUCGGAGAUCAAAUGUGCCCUCUGAGCUCCAACUGCUGAUCCUUCAGUUUGUUACCCACGCCACACGCCCGCUCAGACUCCUCGAAAUGGCUGAGAUGCUCAACAUAAACUCCAAGUGCAACCAAACUCUGAAAGAAACCAAAGCCCUGGUCAGAACUGCUUGCGGACCUCUUCUGGAAGUCUUGCCCGAUGAAACUAUUUCAGUCAUCCAUCAUACCUUUACCGAAUUUCUGAAUGGUUACGCCAGAUCGAGAUCCAAAGACACCUUCGAGUAUCCAAUCUUCGAAGCUGGUUCAACCAAUCUGCGCCUUGCUAUGGAAUGUUUAUCUUAUAUGCGAGCAAGAUGUCUCGAUGAAAUAGAGAUUACAUUAUUACCAACAUCGACAGAGAGCUAUGGCAAAUUUCUUGAUCGAAAGAUGAAGGAAAAACAAGAAGUACGACUACGGUUUCCCUUCUUGGAGUACGCCGCAGACAACUGGUACAAGCAUGCCCGCCUGGCAGAGGGGUCCAACGAAAAUUUGGAAGUGUUCCAUGACGCUCUUGAUACUUUUUUUACAGAGACGCACCGGUACACUGUUUGGUUGGGUCUGGCAUGGCCAGGCCAGAAGAUUGAUGGUGUUACACCCCUUCAUGUCGCUGCUUGGAUUGGCUUAUCUAAACUCGCAAAAUAUAUUCUGUCCAAGGGUGGAAUUAUUCAAAACACAAAGUCUGCGGGUUUGCCAAUAUCCUGGGCAGCAUCAUACAAUCACGGAAAUGUUAUUCGGGUGUUCGUUGACCACGGAGCUGAUCCAGAUGCUGAAGUUGAGGAAGGGCGGAAGCCAAUGCACCUAGCCGCCAAAUCAAACCAUGUGGAUGCCGUCAAAGCUUUGCUCGCUGCUGGAGUCAGUCCAUUGACACCAAAAACAAGGAACGACACGCCUUUGCCUACGGGAUGUUGCUUAGCUGGGCCUGUGCCUAUUACCAUAGGCCACACCCCCUUGAUGUAUGCGUGUCAUGCUGGUCAUUUGGAGACCGUUCUUGAGUUCGUGAAGUGCUUGGAGAAUGUGGAAGAUAUGCACAGAGCAUUACACUGGGCAGCCGAGAAGGGUCGAUCAAGCAUUGUGGAGCUGAUUUUACAGCAACCACGAGUUGAUGUCAAUACCAAGGUACAAGGCAAGAACGCGCUAUUUCUUGCUUGCAAAAGUGCAGAUCUUAAGACACUCAAAGCCUUAAUCAAAGCUGGCGCAGAACCAAACGCGCUCUGUCAAAAUUUCGAAGUAGAUGUAAGAGGCAUACAAACUUCAGUCUCUUCUGCGGAGGACUUACCAAAGAAAGAAUUAUGUGACAACGCAAGGGGAUACACGGCGCUUCAUGCUCUGUGUACAAAUUCUGUCUACGGAGAGCAGGCAUCCAGUCAAGCCACUGAAUGUGUGAAAGCUCUAGUCCAAGCUGGCGCUGAUGUUCAUGCGAAGGACCCAAGAGGCUUGACAGCUUUGCACUACGCAUAUAAGUCAUCUAUCGCAUGGAUGGAGCCUCUGCUGGAUGCAGGUGCCGACCCUGCUGCUGAAGACCACAACGGAGAAACAGCUCUCCAUUUCUCAUCUGUUCGUGGGAAUGAAGCGCUAUCACUGCUCCUCAAGUGUGGGAAAGUGGAUAUCAAUAAACCCAGAGCACAGGAUGGAAUGACGCCAUUGCUUUGUCGCCUUGCAGACAUGUUGAGUGAAGACCACAAAACCAUUGAGCUUUUGGCCUACAGGCCUAACUUGAAUGCCACGGAUUGGAAAGGGGACGGACCAUUGCACCUGGCUAUGAGGCGCUCGUCUGUCAACCAUGAGCUUAUUGACAAAUUGCUGGCCGCAGGCGCCGAUCCGAAUUUGAAAAACGCAGCGGGGAACACACCAUUGCAUCAAACUAGCACCCGGCUCAGCCAGGAACAAACCCGAGCUCUUGUUCAAGGCGGAGCAGAUCUUGAAUUAUGCAACAACAAGGGCCAGUCAGUUCUUUUUGCUCAAUUAUCACCGAGAAAAGGAGUGCGUGACUAUUCAGAAAUUCUAGGCCACUUCGCGAGCGAGGGAGCGCGACUUGAUACUCGAGACAGCAAAGGCCGUACUCUGUGGCAUUGCUCCAUUGAGAACCUGAAAACACUGUCGCUUCUCCAAAGCCUUGGGGUUGAUCAUUUGGUGUCAGACAAUGAUGGCAACACACCACUCCAUGAAGUUGUCAAUAAUCAUUCAUUCACUGGAAAGCGAAAAGUAUUGGAACGGUUGAUGGAAAUGGGUAUGGACAUUAACCAACCUAAUCAUCAAGGCCGGACCGUCCUGCACGCUGUCUGUUCAAGAGACUUAGCGGUCGAUUUAAGUAAAUACUCGGUUGACACCAUCCUUGACUACGUACUCGAACAGUGCAGAUGUCUAACAGUCAGUGAUCAUGAGGGCGUCCAGCCGCUACAUGUCGCUGCUACGAUCUCUGAAACAUUUGUUCACAAACUUCUCAAUGCUGGAGCCAAUCUUUGCGCAACUACCCAUGAUAAGAUGACGGUCCUUCAUCUUGCUGCUCGUGCACGUCAGUCGGGAAUCGUGGAUAUGGUAUUAUCUCGAGCCACGUCCCUUGCUAAGCAAGCAUACCUAGAAUUUGUGAACAGUCAAGAUAAAGACGGGCGAACUCCCCUUCAUUAUGCAUGCCGUUCCGGACGCCCUGAAACCGUCAAAUCCCUGCUUGAGGCUGGAGCAGUCGUAAAUGUUCUUGACAUCAACAAGCACUCCCCACUCGCAAUGUGUGGGGAAUUCGAAAAGGAAGCCUCGCUUUGGGAUCUUCGUGUGCCAUUAAAUCCACGACCGAUGAUGUCGAGCAAAGGUAUCAAUGCUGCAGGUCUCACGCUGAAGGAUGAUACACGUCCAUUCUACGACCGGUCUGGCGAUGGUACGGAUGCCACUUUCGGGAGGAUUAAUUCGGAGCAUGAUACAACACGAUUACAAGAGAUCAUAAAUAUGCUGAUCAAACAUGGGCUUGAUCUUGACAGUGAUCACAAAUCUCUGGAAAAUGCGUGGAAAAAUGCCGCACAGCCUGAAUACGGAUAUACAAUCUCUUGUUUACCAUCCUUACCGAAACGAUAUCCUUCACCUCUUACUAUCUAUGCUGGGCACCCCCAGUGCGAUGAUCCCGAUCGAGAGCUGAAAAUAUUGAUUGCAGUAAAUUGCCGGAAUACAAUAAAGGCCACCCUAGAGAAUAUUUACAAACCAGCAGAUGGAAUAGAAGAAAGGCGGAACCAGAAUCAUACUCCGUCCCCACGACAACUCUCAGCGGAGAAAGCUCUGGCUUUGAGAUACUAUGACCUUUUUGAAGAGCUUUCAGGAGGAGCAGACAGCCCCCACGUUCCUGGUUAUAAGGGAUACACAUCCCUGAAUAUGCUUGCUCGUCGGGGAUUUGUCGAAAUUCUCGAUCGUUUGUGUACUCGAGAAAUAACGAGGCAACUUGACGGCACUGACUGGACCUCCAAUCCAGACGAAAACGACAUUCAACAAUGCAGUGAACCACUGGUCAUCUCUGCUUGCAAAAGAAAACUUCCCAAUAUGGACGUUCUGAAAUUGGUUGUGGAAGACUAUGGAGCCAACAUCAAUGCGAAAAAGACGGAGCAUGUGGUUCACCAUAGGAAACACCGCCCAUCGAUUACUAGUACGAGUGGGGCUUUACAUGAUCUUGCUGUUGGAAAGUCAUGGUGGCAUGUAGGAAAAGCCAUGCCGUAUUUGAUCCGAAUGGGAGCAGAUGUCGAUAUUCGAAACAGAAAUAGAGAGACACCCCUCAUCGUUGCUCUCAAAUCGUGUCACCCAUUUUCCAGGGAGGCAACCGAAGCUCUCAUAAGAGCCGGUGCGGAUGUCAAUGCGAUUGACGCUGAUGGCAACACAUGUCUUUCAACCGCUGGAGACGAUAUGGGUAUCAUCGAACUCUUGAUUGCACAUGGCGCCGAAGUAAAUCCGUCCGCUAUCCUCUCGGCUCUGGAUCUGGCAAAGAUAGAUUUGCUGGAGGUUCUACUCUCUCGAUCUGGAAGUUCGAUAUUGAAACAGCCGCUUCCAAAAACAAUCUCCCGCAAUACUGGAUCGGGUCAUUUCAAAACCCUCCGAGCUGGAACCUUGCCACUGUUAUACGCAGCUGUGUGUAGCCCUAAAAAUGAAUUGCUAGAGAUCCUUUUGAAGCAUGGAGCAGAUCCUUAUGCUACCUUUGAUCAACAGCAAUACCAGAUUCUGCGCAGAGGAGCCCAAGAGGAGCCCAAGACAUUUCCAGUCACAAGCGCGACUAUAAUCCACGAGCUUCUAAGCGGUGGCCACAUUGUUGACCCAUUUUUCAACCUGACGUCGUUGGAUAUAGAGCGUCGUGAUGAGAAUGGCUGCACCCUGAUCUUAGCCGCAUCUAAGAAUUUUAAGCAAAAACUCGGCAUGGGAACCAAACCUCAAAAUCUGAAUGCCACGGACUGCUUGCUAGAGCUAGUCAAUCGUGGAGCAAAUGUCAUGGCCCAAGACAACGGAGGGAGAACGAUCCUGCAUCACAUCGAAAGCCUGAUUGAUGUCAGCUCCACUAAAGAGGCCCUCCAAACCGCUGUGGCGGCUAGCCCAAACCUCGUACACCAGAUUGACUGCAAAAAUGAGACGGCUCUUCACUAUGCUCUGCGUCUCCGAAUUCUUGGGCUGAUUGAAUUUCUUCUGGACAAUGGAGCGGAUCCCCUCCAACCGGACAAAAAUGGAGACACAGCUCUCCACCACUUUGCCAGAUAUCUCGACCACAAACCAACCAAAAAUCUAUUCAAAAGAUUCCUCAAAGCGGGUGCCGAGAUAAACGCGCGAAACAAUAUUGGAGAAACACCAAUGUUCAAUCUUCUGAAGCAGAACAAUGAUGGACUAUAUGGUUCGGCAGAAGACCAAACGUAUAAAAACAUAACAUUCGAGUUCUUCCUGGAAUGUGGGGCUGAUAUUUUCGCCCGAAACAAUGACGGGUCUACUCUACUCCAUCUCCUUGCCGGAAUUAAAUUGGAGCUCAGACACAUUUUUCAAUGUUAUCACCCCGGUUCUGGACGCGUGGGAGUCGGACGGUUCAAGCGGUUGAUGGAUAUGGGGUUGGACCCUAUGAUUGAGGACAAGGUAGAGAGGACUAGUAUUGACGUUGCAGCUGCAUGUGAGAACGAGCUUAUUUUAAGACUGUUCAAGAACGAUCCUUUGACAUGA